GAUAAAUUUGAAAAAACAAGUCUUCCACGUCAAAAAGAUUUUUAUUCAUUACUUAAUCAGCAAAAUAUAAAAACUGAUGUACUUUUGCUUGCCGAUGUAAUUAUGAACUACACUAUUAUGUAUUUGAAAGAUGAUAGAUUAGAUCCUUCUCACUAUGUUUCUGUGCCAGGGAUGUUCAAUGACUCUUUAUACAAAAGCAGUGGAGCUAAACUCAAGCUCAUGACAGAUAUGGAUCAGUAUCUAAUAGUUGAGAAUGGAAUCUGUGAAGGCAUGACAAUGUCCUGGAUAAUGUAUGAAGAUAUGAACACCUUAUAUUCAGAAAACGGAUAUAUACUUGAAGUUGAUAUAGAAGCUCCCAUAGGCUUGCAUGAUUUCUUUGCAGACUAUCCAUUAGUACCAGAAAAGCAGAUA